AUUGCUGGAACUGAAGUGGCUAAAGAGAGUGCUGAUGUCAUUAUUCUGGACGAUAACUUCAGCACAAUCGUCACAGUUGCUAAAUGGGGACGUUCUGUUUACAUUAACAUUCAGAAGUUCGUUCAGUUUCAGCUGACUGUUAAUGUUGUUGCUCUGAUUGUUAACUUCUCUUCAGCUUGCUUAACCGGAAGUGCUCCUUUGACUGCUGUUCAGUUGCUAUGGGUGAACAUGAUCAUGGACACACUUGGAGCUCUUGCUUUAGCUACAGAGCCACCAAACAACGAGCUGAUGAAACGCUUGCCCGUUGGAAGGAGAGGAAACUUCAUCACCAAUGCCAUGUGGAGGAACAUUCUAGGACAGUCUGUGUAUCAGUUCAUUGUCAUUUGGUUUCUCCAAGCCAAAGGGAAGUCUGUGUUUGGUCUUGAUGGUCCUGACUCAACUCUCAUGUUAAACACUCUUAUCUUCAACUGUUUCGUCUUCUGUCAGGUGUUUAAUGAGAUAAGCUCGCGAGAGAUGGAAGAGAUUGAUGUUUUCAAGGGAAUACUAGACAACUAUGUCUUUGUGGUUGUGAUCGGUGCAACAGUCUUCUUUCAGAUCAUAAUCAUUGAGUUCUUGGGAACAUUUGCAAGCACCACACCACUCACAAUAGUCCAAUGGAUCUUCAGUAUCAUCAUAGGUUUCUUGGGUAUGCCAAUAGCUGCAGGACUGAAGAUGAUUCCUGUCUGAUCCAUCCAUCAAAUUUAGCGCAAAAACCGCUCUUUAAAGAGAGCUAUUCUCAUCUGUUAGAACACUGUCUUUCAAAUUUUAGAAUAGAAAGUCUUUUUACUAAGUUUUUGCCUUUUGCAAUAACUCUUUUUUUUCAUUAUUAAGGACAAGCAACUGAUUUAUGUAUUCUCUAUUUUUGUAAAACACACUGUUUCUUUGAAAUGACUAUCUUUGUUUCUUUUUGAAA